UGGCGCUUCCUCCCCGUACCUUUCAAGGUGCGCUCCCGAUCUGGAGAGCCGGAGGCAUCGACUGUAGUCAUGGGCGCUCUCAGGAUCGUGACAGGAGCGCUGCAGCCUCGGGAGAUCCGGCGCCACUGGAGAAGAGGGUCGUCGGGACACGGUUUGGAGCUGGUCCUUCCCGCGGCUUUGGGCAGAGCCCCCUACUCCGCCGGAGGGAGAGAGGCGGUGAUGAAUGGCCGUCACCAGCAGCCGCCUAAACAGCGCCUCACUGACCAGGACCUCUCAGCGAAUGGGAUGCUGCCACGCCUCAGUGAUCUCCUCUUCUACACAAUAGCCGAAGGACAGGAAAGCAUCUCUGUUCAUAAAUUCACCACUGCCUUACAGCGCACUGGUCUUUGGACCUCAGAUCCACGUCUUCGCGACUGCAUGAAUCUGAUGCGGACCGCAACUCAAGAAGCUAGCAGUGGAGGAAUGCUGAGUCGAGAACUUUUUCGGAGGUGUGUGAGUAGCAAUAUAGUUCUCUUGACCCAGGCUUUCCGGAAGAAAUUUGUCAUCCCCGACUUUGAGGAGUUUACAUCACACGUGGAGCAGAUCUUUAAGCAUACCGAAGGACUUAGGGAGGGCAAGGUAGCAAAUUACAUUCCACAAAUGGCGAGAUAUAAUCCAGACAUCUGGGGUGUAUCUCUCUGCACAGUGGACGGACAACGGCAUUCCAUGGGCCACACUAAGACUCCCUUCUGCCUGCAGUCAUGUGUCAAGCCCUUAAAAUAUGCUGUUGCUGUCAGUGAAUUGGGCACAGAGAGAGUCCAUCAGUAUGUGGGCAAAGAGCCCAGUGGGCUGCGUUACGACAAACUCUCAACGAAGAAGGUGAGGAUUCCGCACAACCCUAUGGUGAAUGCAGGAGCCAUUGUGGUGAGCUCUCUUAUCAAGAUGGGCUGCAAGAAAGCAGAGAAGUUUGACUACGUGGUGGAUUAUUUGAAGAAGAUGGCUGGAAACGAAUACGUGGGAUUCAGCAAUACAACGUUUCAGUCAGAGAAAGAAAUAGGAGAUCGGAAUUAUGCCAUUGGCUACUAUCUCAAAGACAAAAAGUGCUUUCCCUGUGGUGCAGACAUGAUGGCAGCUCUUGACUUGUAUUUCCAGUUGUGUUCUGUUGAAGUGACUUGUGAGUCUGGAAGUGUCAUGGCAGCCACACUUGCCAAUGGUGGUAUCUGCCCUAUCACAGGCGAGUGUGUCCUCAGUGAUGAAGCCAUCCGCAACACCCUUAGCCUCAUGCAUUCUUGUGGCAUGUACGACUUCUCCGGGCAGUUUGCCUUCCAUGUUGGCCUUCCUGCCAAAUCUGCAGUCUCUGGGGCUAUCCUGCUGGUGGUGCCCAAUGUUAUGGGAGUGAUGUGUCUAUCGCCCCCUCUGGAUAAAGCUGGCAACAGCACGAGAGGAAUUGGGUUUUGUCAGGAAUUGGUGUCCCUCUUCAAUUUUCACAACUAUGACAACUUGCUGCAUUGCACCCGCAAGAUGGACCCACGCCGUGAAGGAGAUGAAGUUAGGAACAAGACUGUUGUGAAUCUGCUGUUUGCUGCUCACAGUGGAGAUAUCUCUGCUCUUCGGAGGUUUGCCCUAUCAGCUAUGGACAUGGAACAGAAAGACUAUGACUCUCGAACAGCCUUGCAUGUUGCUGCAGCUGAAGGACAUCUGGAGGUUGUGAAGUUUCUGACUGAGGCCUGCAGAGUCAAUCCUUUUGUCAAGGACAGAUGGGGAAACAUUGCCUUGGAUGAUGCCAUCCAGUUUCACCACCUGGAAGUGGUGAAGUUGCUCAAGGAUUAUCAAGAAAGCUACAUAUUGGGUUCCAGACAGGUCAAGGAGGCAGCUGAGGAUCUCUCCAAGGAGAAUUUGGAAAGUAUGGUGUGAGAAUGGUAGUUUCUACAAUUGCUUUAUUAGCCCUGCUAAGGACUUGAACAAGAAGAUAGACAAAUAGAGAGAGACAGAGAGAAACGACAUCCUCCUCAUUCCAAACUACUCCAUCCAGUUGAGCAAGGCGGAGUUGUAUUUUUCCAUAACUGUCAUGUACAAGAGACUCUCUCUGGUGAACCUUGUAUGAAAGUUCAGUACUCCCCUUUGACAAUAAAAUCCCCAGGAACUGAGUUAGCAACUUUUGGUGAGAAACUAAUUUUAGGUGCAGAAAAAGGAGAAAAAGAAUGCUCAACUCCCAUUUUGGGUUGCCUGAUAAAAUUCAAAGUAAGCUAUCACUAUAAAUGCUGAACACAUUUAAGGAAAAAGUAUUCAAUUCCGACCUUCAAUUUUGUAACUUAAUGAAACCUCCACAUUGAUUAUUUUCAAUUCCUCCACCAUGAAUCCAUUCUCUCCCUUGUCCAACCAUUCCCCCAAUAGCUAUUUAAGCAAGAAGGGAAAACAUACUGGUCUCUAUAAUGUUUUUAAGGAUUUCUGACUUUUGUCUGUCCCCACCUUCAAAAAUAGUCAGCCAUUUCUGUUAUUACAGCUUACAUUCCCUUUCCUACACACAGAGGCUGCAGAGCUAUCUCAUCAUGCAGUUAUGCCACUGGAAGGUGUGGAGAUAUAACUGUUGCUUUUUAGGGAAUUGAUUUUCACUUUUAAAAAUCAAUUUGAAAUUUAGUGCAUCUAUUCUGCUUCUUGUUUCCAUUAAAAAAAAUGUAUCAUGUCAAAUUUGGAUUGUGUGAUUUGAUAGACUGACCGAUUGAACAUUUUCAUCAACAUGUUACAUGUACAAUCACAACAUGACUUCUAUGAUACUUGCAGCCACUCACAAACCUCCAUUUUCAGAAAGCCAAAUUCAAGAAGCUAAAAAUAAUUUACACAAGCACCAGAAUGGAAAGCAAAAAUGGGGAAAUAGCUUUUCUACUUUUAUCUACACCGUUGCGCUCUCAUAUUCUGGUUCACUACUUCAAACACUUGUUCACCCACCAAUCAGUCAUUUCUCUCCUCCUCUCCAAAAAAUUAAUCACAGGUAUGGGGAAAGAUACUUUCAGGUCCAGCCACUACCCCCAUAUAUAGCAAACUACUGCCCGAUCUUAAGCACAUUCAUUACCACACAGGAAAUAAGUCCCCUUUGAGGGCUAAUAUGUGCAAUCUUGCAAUGUCCUUCUAACGUGGCAUAAGACAUUCCAUCAGCUGCUUGAAGUGGCACUAUCAUUUUCCCUUCACCUCUCUUUUCAGCACCUGCAAUAAAAGUGUUCAGCUAUUUUGGAAUAGAAUGGCAAAAUACCCAUCAAAAAUCAGUCAUUGUGGAACAGAAAAAAUAGAAAUCUUGAAGGAGUACAAUGCUAUGUUUCAAUGUUGCUGCCAACAAGAUUGGUAGGCUACUUUAUUCCUCUAGAUUUUUUAACUACUGUGUGCAUUUUUAUCACAAGAUUUCCAAGCAGUGGAUAUUUGCAAUCAGAAGUCCAGAUAAAAUAUUUUGUUUUAGAUGCUUUUAUUUUUACGCAGCAUACAGAACUGCUCUUGCUACAUCCAACAUCAAGAAAAACAAAACACUGCUUAAAUAUUUGUUGAUUUCAGCUAAUUUUAAUUAUGGUGACUAUAAUAAACUGUAGCAAAUUCUUUAUCUUUCCUUUUUGAUGAAUAUAUGUAACUGCAGAUGUAUAUUGGGACGAUUCUUGUUCUUUCAACCAAUCUAACAAAGGAUAAUCGGGGGCUGGUAUUAAUAAAGUAAUUCCUACAAUAUUAAUCUGUAUACUGUAUUGUUUAUGAAUUCAGGAGAGUUGGAUUUUCACUGGUCAUAAGAUGCUAUCUGCUUAGUUCUAAGCUUAUUUUGUCCUCCAACCCCACCAGCAGGAGGCAAUAGAUCCUUUGUGUUAAAAACCAUUGUUCUUAUCAAAAUGGAAAUGUCCUUCAAAUAUCUGAAAGCUUGAGCAAAUAUUUCUAACAAGAAAAGGAAAUCUUACAUAAUUAAAAGACAUAAAGUGGUCCUUCUAUAGUCAGAUUGAUAUAUCGCUUGCUUGAUGCAGAGGGGUUAGAGGAACAAUCCAAACAUAUUCACAGAGAUGCUCCAGAGCUUUCCUGAUGGAGGC